AUCAGGGGGUGACAACCACUUCACAAGGGUCAUCACAGCAGGUGGUCCCAGGCUCUUUCCAAAAACGAAGCUGCAGAGUUUGUGGGGACACUAGCCAUACGACACUCUCUCAUUGCAAGAAAGAGAAGCUUUGCCUUUUGUGUUUCUCUCCUGGCCAUUUUAAAAGGGACUGUGAUGGGCGCAAUCAGAGAUCAGGAGGACCGAAUGGUACCAAACAGAAUCAGGCCCAGGGAAACUAGGAUACCCACAUUCGGAGAGGGGCAGUGUGGGGGAAGUUGAAGAAACCCUCGAUGGUAGUAACACAGAUCUUGAGCUUCUAUAUGUAAAGGCUUGUUCUGCAGUGCAAGAAGAUUAUCAGGUCGUGGUUCAAGGAUCAGCAGAGGUUCCAGCUUUCAGUGAGUUGUUUUACACUCAAGUUUUGGUGUAUGACAAAGUUAAACUGAAGGGCAUGAUUGAUUCAGGAUCUAUGGCUUGCACAAUAAACGAAGACGCUGAAGAACUGCUUAGAGAGGCUGGGGUUUUCGGGGAAGUGCCACAGCCAGUCGAAAAAAUUGUGUUGAUAGGUUGCGGGGGUAAGAAGACCCACCCAAAAUGUGUGUAUGAUUUGACCAUGACUAUCUACGGUGUGAAAUGCAUCGUUCCUACUUUAGUGGUGCCUGGCCAGCGAGACGAGCUCAUCAUUGGAUCUAAU